UAGAAAAAGUUGGUUUGAUGUUAAACAGGAAUGUCAAGAUAUCAAAGGAAAAAAAAUCAAGUGUUGUAACCCCGGCAACCCCAUUCAAACAAACUGAGGUCAAAGUUACAAAGGAACCAGUAGAUAAUGACAUAAAGAGACAAGGUCCACCUGAUCCUAAGUCACUAGUCACCCGUCCACCAGUAUCACUAUAAUGGGACAUGUAGAUCAUGGCAAAACAACAUUAUUAGAUGCGUUACGAGAGGCGAGUGUUGUUGAUCAGGAAUUUGGAGGCAUCACUCAACAUAUAGGAGCAUUUAAUGUGAAGUUACCCAGUGGUCAUUCUAUCACCUUUCUGGACACGCCAGGCCAUGCAGCAUUUACAGCAAUGCGAGCACGAGGAGCUUCUGUCACUGAUAUUGUUGUUCUAGUUAUAGCUGCGGAGGAUGGGAUUAUGCCUCAGACAGUAGAAUCUAUACAACAUGCACGUGGUGAAAAUGUGCCAUUAGUUGUUGCCAUCAAUAAAAUAGAUAAAUUUGAGGCAGAUGUUGAAAAGACAAAAAAUAUGCUGGCAGCAUAUGAUGUUGUUCUAGAAGAGUAUGGUGGAGAAGUACAGGCAGUUCCUAUCUCAGCCCUCAAGAGAAUCAAUUUAGAUCAACUUGAGGAAUGUAUAACAACACUGGCUGAGUUUUUAGAGUUGAAAGGGGAUCCUGGUGGGCUUGUUGAAGGACAUAUUAUUGAAACAAGAACAGACACUGGUCGUGGUAAAAUGGCUACAAUAUUGGUACAGAGAGGUUCUCUUAAAAAGGGCGAUUAUCUUAUAGCUGGAUUGACAUGGACUAAGGUACGCAAUAUGUAUGACAGUAAUGGUCAAAUUGUUGAAAAGGCUACACCGUCUACUCCUGUAGAGAUUGGUGGUUGGAAACAGUUGCCUCAAAUAGGGGAUGAGGUUUUGCAGGCACAAACUGAGAAACAACUUAAAAAGGCUCUGGCCUACAGACAGGAAAAACUUGAUGCUGAAAAAGGAGAACAAGACAUGCAAAUUAUAAAUGAAAGAAGGACUGAAGACAGAAAACAAUAUCUUAAGAUAAAAAAAGAAAGAGCUCAGUAUAUGAGAGAACGUGGAUUAAGAAGUGUAAAAAGAAUGAAUCUUGUAAGAUUUGAGCGUAUAAUGAAUUUUAAUAAAUCCCCACAAGAAAGGAAGGAAAUAGUGGAAGAAAAGCCAACAUUCUACUUGAUUAUAAAAGGCGAUGUCGCUGGAUCUGUUGAAGCUAUAACAGACACACUUGCAACAUUUCAGUCCAAUUUAUGUGACAUAGAAAUUCUGCAUAGUGGCGUUGGAGAUGUCACACCGUAUGAUAUUGAAUUGGCAGAGUUAUUUGAUGGUUUAAUCUAUGCAUUUAAUGUGUCACCUAUAACUCAUGAGAGUGUAGCAAUAAAGAAUCAUAAUGUGAUUUAUCAUCUAUUUGAUGACCUUAUACAGACAAUAAAUGAGAAAUUACCCUUUAUAACAGAGGAAAUUGUUAGAGGUGAGGCUAAAAUCUUGCAAGAAUUUCUGUACAAAGAGAAAAAAAAAGAUGGAAAUAGACAAAUACAUGUAGCUGGAUGCCGAUGUUUAUCAGGAAAUCUAUCUAGGAAAUAUUUGUUUAAAUUACAGAGAGGGGACGAGGUAAUAUUUGAUGGUAAACUUUCAUCUUUAAAAAUUAUGAAGGACGAAGUGAGUUCAGUUGGGACAAAUCAGGAAUGUGGAAUGACUUUUGGUUCAGAAACUGACGUUGAGUUCAAACCUGGCGAUACAGUAAUCUGCUAUGAAGCUAUUCAGAAACAACCAAAAUUAGACUGGGAACCAGGCUAUGUUGCUGACAGUAGCAAAGAAUUUUCAUAUUAACAAAAUUAGACUGGGAACCAGGCUAUGUUGCUGACAGUAGCAAAGAAUUUUCAUAUUAGCACUUGCUUGUUAAUUUAAGGACAACAGUAUAGAGCCAAGUCAGCAUCUUUAUGUAUGUCGUCUAACAUGACUUUAAACGGUUAGCUAGUUCAUUCUUUUACUAUUAAAAUUCUUAAUGGCAAAUAAAA